GAUUAUAUUGGCGCCCUAACUCGGCGAAAACGAGUUUCGUUUCCCUCUCAAAUCCUUCCCUUUUCUUCUCACAGCUUCUCUCAAGUUGUCAUCGAAUCGAUUUCUCGAGUAAGAAAUUUUUUUCUCCCUCCUCCGAUCUUAGGAUAACGAGUGAAGAACUAAAGAUAGAUAUGGCCGGUGGUGGAUCGUCGAACUCAAACGCACCAAAACAGAGGAAAAGGGUGGAAGCCGAAACCAAACCUGAAACCAGCAACACCAAUACCUUACUUCGCGCCAAAGAUGGCAGCGCUUUCGCUCGAUGUGAAGGAUGCAACAAGAACGUAGCUGUGGCGCUUAUAAGUAUGCACAAUUGCAGUCUCGACGCUAAGAUCAGAGUGAAUCUGGAAGCACAAGUUGUUGAGACGCAAACAGAGGCCAAGAAAAAACCUAUUGUUGAGAGGAAGAAGCCAACAUCUGAUGCACCUAAGCCAAAGAGACUUAGAAAAGCCAAGGAUAACAAGAAGACCUCUACCUCAAACAAGCCCAAGCGGCCUCUUACUGCCUUCUUUAUAUUCAUGAAUGAUUUCCGUAAGACUUUUGGAGAAGAGAAUCCUUACUCUAACGUUAAGGAUGUUGCAAAGCUGGGUGGUGAAAAGUGGAAGUCUUUGACUGAGGAAGAAAAGAAAGUGUAUGUGGAUAAAGCUGCUGAACUGAAGGCAGAAUAUAACAAGUCACUGGAGAACGAUGCUAAUGAGGAAGAGGAGGAUGAGGAGAUGCAAUCUGAUGAUGUUGAUGAUGCUGGUGCUGAGGAGAAGCAGCCUGACGAUGUUGGUGAUGCUGAGGAAAAAGAAGCUGAUGAGGCUGUUGAGACUGUUGAGAAUGAAGUUGAGAACAAAGAAGCUGAAGGUAAAGAAGAAGUGGAAGAAGAGAUUUUGGAUGACUACUAGAAGUGCUAAGCUUUCUUUGGGUCUAAUCUCAUUGAAAUGGAUUCACUCUUUAUCGUUAUGAUGCAUUGUAAAUUUCAAACUUUAUCAUCGCUGAAUUAGUUAUCUGAAGCCAGUUGUGAGCAAGGGAAGUUUUUGUAGUUCACGGAAUGGUAUUUUCCUUUUAGACAAGUGAUGAAGCUUAUGUUUUCUGUUUUUUACCACUGAUGUAGAAUUGAAUGUUAUCAUCAUA